UCAAACGUCGCUUGUUAUUGGAACGUGUUAUUGGAAAUUUCACCCAAAUUUGUCGUAGCCACUUCGGGGUUGGAGUUAUUUCCCCCCAAAGGUAUUAAUUCAAUAGAAAUCAGUUGUAGUGGGCUCUGGGAGAGCUAAUGGUGCUUCUGGUACGACUUAAGACGCGGUUCAGUAAGUCUUGAGUGAAAUUUUCAUAUCAUUUAUUGAUACACUAAAUUCAAUCUAUUCUCGAGGCAGAGACUAACGUGUCUAGGUCCAAACCACUUAACAAGAGUGGACAUUCUGUUUCAAGUUAGUCUUUCUCCACACUAUUAAAUAUAAUGACGGAUAUUUGAGUAGGUGUAACAUCUAAAGAAAUUUGGUGAAGUAGCUGGUACAGUAAGAAACUAAUUAUAAUCUGAUGAAAUUGAGCUUUUUAGUUUUGGUUUAAUAUUUUGAAUCUGCUAUGUGACACUGAGCUAGAGACUUUAUUUUUUUAAUCCGUGUCAAAUGUAUUCAAUAAAAAUAUAACUUAUUGUCUGUGUGGAGACUUCGAGAAGUUACAAGAAAACACAAUGAGUCUGAGAGACAUGCGCCUUUUAGCAGCGGCAUACCCUGGAGCAUUCGCCGCUGUGUCUUCCAUGGCCGCAGUUAACUAUCACCACGGUUACCCUUUGGGGUUCCCGACAUUUCCCUACCAGAGUGCCGCGGACCAAAUCGCCGCCCUCGACUGCUCCAUGAGACACCAUCACAGAAUGAUGCAGGAGGAGUCCUCUGGGAGAGGUCAGGUCACGUCUUCCAGUGUCGGCCCUGGAGGUUCCCACGGAAAUAGUCUUAUGGAGAAUUUAAUGCUGGAGAGAAAAAGCCCCCAGAGGGUCUCGCCAAAUGUGGACAUGGGCGCCUUUUCUUUCUUGGAGGCGUCAGACAAUAGCAAACUGGCUGAUGCCCUGAGCUCUGCAGGUGUCUUGGACGACUCCAAAGACUCCAAUGGCAACAAGAGAAGGCGGACCAGAACUAACUUCACUGGCUGGCAACUGGAAGAACUUGAGAAAGCGUUUCAGGACUCUCACUAUCCUGAUGUCUUCAUGAGGGAGGCCCUGGCAUUGAAGCUUGACCUGGUGGAAAGUCGAGUUCAGGUCUGGUUCCAGAACCGCAGGGCCAAGUGGAGAAAAAAAGAGCACACAAAGAAAGGUCCUGGGAGGCCGGCCCACAACGCUCAUCCUCAGACCUGCAGCGGGGACCCCAUGGACGAAGAAGAGAUAAGGAGGAGGGAACAAGAGAGGCUGGAGAAAAAGAGGAGAAAGCAAGAGGAGAGACUGAGGAAGUUAGAAGAAAAGAGAAAGAACAUGAACGGUGUUCAUUCUUCACUUUCACCGGACAAAAGUAAUAUGAGAUUCCACGUGGACAACUUCCUGUCUCCUUCCUCCUCAACUUCCGGAAAUGACGCAAGCUGUGACAGCUUCUCCGACCACAUGGCUGACAAAUCUGACCGCCAUAUGUCAGCUAGCUUUCCCAUGUCUGUGUCCCUCCUGAGCACCCCUCCGAGAGCACAUGAGAACCCCUCAAACACGAACAAUGCCAAGUCCAGUGCUUUUAGUAUAGACAGACUGCUGGAGGCUCCUAAAGUUCCCAGAGGACGAAGGCCCAAUUCGAAAUACCCAUUGGUUCAAGCGUGCAAGUCUCUGGGCUCUCUCAGCCUUGGACUGCUGCCUUUCUUUCCCAUCACACAGCCAAUGGGCUUUCUAGUCAAGCAGGCAAACCACAGGGACAGCAAUAGUCCAAUGAGCCCACUCAUGGGAUCGCCAGAACGAGAGGCUCCCACCUCUGGCAGUAGCGACGACAGCUUCACCGAGAACCACUUGGACAAAUCCAGAGAAUCGCCGCACUCUCUCCUUAGCGACGACACUGGUAUGGGCAGGCACGGCGAAGCGCUUUUACAAACAAAGCGAACAAACACUGACAGCGCCAUUGAUAAACUGAACGUCUUCAGAGAUGACAUACUAGAGAUAAAAGCGCUACACGACCAACUCAAGCCCAACUCAGAGAAAACGACAGAGUGCAGCGAGGCGGAGAAAGUUAUAAACCUGAGCAUCGCCAGUGAUCGAAAUAACAAUAGCAGCUCGGACAGGCGUGAUGUCCGUGACUGGACCAGCCUCUUGGUCAGUGAUGCUAGCAGAGAUGACCUAGAUGACGACGUGGACCUGGAAGUUUCUUAACAACACAAAGACUUGUAAAUACACAGGACAGAUAUUAAAGUGAGCAUAUAAGACGUAGUUUUCAAUUGUCUCUCAAUAGUUUCUGUCUACUCUUUAAGUAGGAUCUACAUUUCGUGUUGCGCAGUAAACUGUUAGACUGGACUAGGACAUUGUUUUACACAGCUAUUUAUUUGUUUAUAUAUCUAGUCAUUGCUUCAUCUCUCUUAUACAAGUAUAAUAAUCAAAUUUUCUGAAAAAAAUACUUUGCGUAAAUUCCUUUAUCUAUGGAGGUUUCUGCAAAUCAGAGUUGUAGUCAUGAAUAAUCAUGUUUUUGAAGUAAUGAUUGGGAUGACUUAGUAUUCUUUAUUGAGUAUAUUAAAACAUGAAUAUACCUACAGACCUACAGCGUUUUUUUUCGUCUACAUAUAUAUAUAUAUAUAUAUAUCUAAGUCUCUCAGGUGGGUUAUUUGCUUAGAUAGAGUAUGAUAUUACGGUUCCGUAUCCCCACCCUAAACAGUAACAAGCAGUGAUGCCCAAACUACCACCCGCCGGCCAGAUCCUGCCCGCGACGUGGUUCCCACCGCCAGCCAAAACAUCGGCACAAAAUGUAGAAAAUAAAAAAAAAAUAAAAUGUAUUUUCUGUAUGUUAGGACACUUACAUUUUCUUUGAUAGAUUUCAUUGUAAUGUAUUGUCUUGUAAUAUUCAUAUUAAUUUUUUUUCUAUAAGAACACAAGGCGACAAGAAUUGACAGUUGUUUUAGAGUCUUGGAUGAUUCCGCGGCUGUCUUGAGCUAGCUGUGUUCUUGACAUCUCAUGUGUGUAACACUUCACAUCUUUUCUGCAUCAUUUUGGUUCGUGUACUUCUGACAUCAACAUGAUUGGUGCCGUGUCGUGUCACAUUUGCACGUUAAUAAAAUGGGAGAGUCGAAGAAACAAAAAGUGGAUGUAGAAACUUCCAGGACAAGUGACAGACAGAUCUUUUGUUGUUGUUGUUGGUGGUGGAACACAAUAAGCCAACAUGUUUGAUCUGUAAAGAAAAUGUGGCUUUUUUUAGGAAAAUAAUAUAAAAGCAUUCUAAAACAAACCAUUACAAAGAUAUGGUGGCAUUGUUGGUUUGAGCCGCUAGGAAAAGAUCGCUAACUUACGUCUAGAGUUGAGCGAUUGACGAACAUAUUGACCAAGAAGAAAAAUGAGUCGGCCUUGAUGGAGACAACAAAGCUGCUCAAAUUUUAAGAACGAAGCUUAAAAAGUGCCUGCUAGCAGUGAUGGAAUAAAAUAGUACUAAAAAAAGUUGAAGCUGUGCCGCCUUUCUGGCCUGACAGUUACAAAACGAGUGGACGAUGUUGGUGAAAAUCAUCCAUUCAAAACUCAAUGACAGAGCAGCAGAUUUUGAAAUAAUUACUAUUGCCGCUGAGGAGUGACACCUACUGGAACUGAUUGACUUACAAAGCCAGACUUCCCUGCUUGAGAAAUUUCGAGCAAUGCAGUCAAUAGAAUCGAGCAAUACAGUCAAUAGAUUUCUACGCCGUGUUGUCUACAUAAACCUUGCACAUUUCCGUAAACAAUGGCUGUGUAGGAUCACAAUGUUUACAAGCACUUAAUUUAGUAGAAAAACUUUUUCAGUUAUAAGACACCUGAAACCCUUGUUACGUAACUGGGUGUAAGUAUGUCUACUGGAGCCACGGGAUUGUAAUAAGAUUGUAAUAAGACUAUUUAAAAUGGUUUAUUCUCUAUUUAAUUUGUGUAUCUUUUCGUUAAUGUGGCCCGCGACACAAGUGUUUGAAAUUAAAAUGGCCCUCAGGCCGUAUAAGGUUGGGCAUCACUGGUAUAAAGCAACCAAAAGGUAAUAACAUACCGAGCUACGAGCACCGAAUAAAUGUUAUUCAACUAGACAGUUAGUAAAUAAACGGCAAUUGUUCAAUAUGAACACUAUUAAUGUUAACAGUAAGUGAACUGACAUUAGUUAACAACCCAAGCGGAAGUUUAUCAAUUUAAUGAACAGAUAAAGUAUUAUGAUAAAAAUGAUGAAGUCUUAAUGGUAUUUACAAAAGCAAGUACACAUACACAAAUUAUUUACAAACCUACAACUUCCUACAUCUCAACAACGAUAGUUACGAUACGGCUCCAAGGACGGAAAAGGCGACAAUCUUUCCCAUAGCCCAAGCCUAACACCCUGAAACGAAAAGAAAACCUAGACCUAGCGAUGCCGCUACAACAAAGAACUUUUUGAUAGCGACACCCGUACCGAAAGAUCAUCCUCCUUAAUAAAACUAUGUACUUAGGCCUACGUACCGUUACAACGGGUAAACAGAAAACUAGAUAACCAGCCAACAACAGAAGGUCUCUCUCUCUCGCGGGAACUAAGGAUGACGUAAACACACACAUACACAAUAUUCUAGACCACAAAACGCACCUAAAAGAAACUACUUCCUAAAAAAAAAAAAUCCUAUACACUAAAACAAGAUAUUAAAUAACGGCACCUUUUUGAAAAAAAAUAUUACUUUUCUUGUAUUUUAACGUAUAUUAUUAAUUUUUAGUAGUUAAAAGUUAGGCAAUCAACUACUGAGUAUCGGCACCUAAUCGCUGAGUACUGGCACCUUUGUUUUUUUAAAGCACUGAAUAUAUAUAUAUAUUAAAUAGAUUAUUUCUUAGACUAUAAGAUAGUCCCACAAAUAUGGUAACCCCCUCCCCCCCCCCCAAAAAAAAAACAAAAAACAACAAAACUUGUUAAUUUUAGUAAGCUAUAUUUUACUAUUAUGCUUACCGUAGUUUAGAACACAAAACUCUAAAGAUGAAGUAGUACAGUGGUAUUUGUUCUAAAUGAACAAGACACUGACGUAAUAGUUGGAUUAGAUCGUCGUUUUCUGGCAGCGCAUAGGAAGAAAUGUAAUUGUUUUAACAGAUUAUCUUCCAGAUCAAUGUACAGUAAAAGUUAAUAAAGAAACUUAUUAAAAGCAAAAAUCGAUUUUUUAGAACAUGAUUUAAGUUAUAUUUUCUCUGAUAGCAUUUUUAUUAGCAAAUCCUAUUGAAGAAUCUAUUUCACAUUAGAAAUUCAAGAUAGAUUUACUUUUAGCUUUAACUCUUUCUCUCCUAACUAACGAUACCAACGUUUAUUCCAACAGAAUGUGGUAAAUAAUUACGGAGAUAAAGAGUUAAUCAAAUAAAAUUUAUUUAUGUACUCAAACAGCAUUUUGUUUUUUUGCUAUCAGAAUAUGUUUUUUUUCAUUAAUGUCAGUUUUGUGAUUAGAGAAAUGAGAACGUCUGUGAAAUACUGGUUAAGCUGAAUUACACUACAGACCAAAACUCAUGUGUAGAGUUUAUUUUAUUUUACUGCUGUUAUGUCGUCUUUCAUAUGCUAUUUCUAGGAAGUGUUUUACUUAACUCUUUCUCUCCGUAAUUAUUUUCCUCGUUCCGAUAGAACUAUUCCUUUUGCUCAUUUGUAUUUCACUAUUCUUGUUAUGAUUAAACUUCAAUAACAUUUUUGUUUGAUAUCAGAAAAUGUUAAAUUUGGUGUCGAAUUAUAGGGGGAUUUCAUGCUCUUUUUUCACAACACAAAUUUAAGUUUAAAAAUCCAAAAAUCAAUUUAAUUUAAAGGUAUCAAAUUAAAGUUGGCAUCGUCAAUUAGGAGAGUAAGAGUUAAGGGAUUUCUUUUAAUUUGUACUCUAUAAACAUCAUAACAAAAUGUUGGUAUUAUAAUGUCAAGAACACCAAGUUUUAUUUAUCUUUUUUUUUAAAUAGUGGCAUACAUUUAUUUUAAACUAAACAAUAAUUGUAUAGCUUUACUAUAUUAGUACUUCAUAAUUUCAAACUGCUAACAUAAUCUUCAGCUUUCCUGUCUCUUUUCAUUGCUCAAUUUCUCUUGUUAAUUGAAUGUUUCUUUCAUUUUCUUUCGUUUAUUCUCCGUUUCUCUUUUUUUCUGUAUCUAAUUUCUGUCUAUCUUUUGUCUUCUGUUUUUUCUUUUGUUUUUUUUCUGUUUUUUUUUUGUGUCGGGGGGGGGGGUAUUUUUUUUUCGUUCUUCCUUUUCCUUUUUUUUCUCUCUUUAUUACCUCUUUUAUUUUCUGUCUCUGUCUCUUUUGCUCUCUAUUGUAUUUCUCUCAUUAAUUUUAUAUUCUCUAAUUAUCAAUGAGCUAAGUGUCACUGAACUGAAGAAUAAGAAAAAGAAUACCAAAUGUUUAAUAAAAGAGUUUAAAGUCUUCAUAACUUUAAAAAACAAAGACAUUUAAAAAAUGUUUUUUUGUAGAUAUCAAUAAACAAGUUUAUAUACCGAUUGCCAAUGAGCGCAAUAAAAUUAAAGUUAAAGGAUAUAUAGCAGGACAGUUAGAUAGAUAGAAAGAGGUAUUUAAAUCUAUACAUUUUCUUGGAAAACACUAACCAAUGUAGCCCCCCCCCGCCUCAAAAGAAGUUCAUUAUUUUCUAUUAUCUUAUCCUAUUAAAUGGACUUCUGAUGUAGUAGUUUAGGGUUAAAGUUUUUCUAUAUCUGUUACCAACAGCAAAACAAGUCAUAAGUGGAUGAACAGAGUCAUGAUAUACCAAUAUAUCAAGAGUUUCAAGACUAAUUGUAAAGACCUACACUUCUAAACAAGUACCCAUAGGCCUACAUUUUAAUUUUUUUCCCUUCAUUUUUUACUAGCUGCAAUAUAUGUUUACCAUUUCCAUUGCCAUGUGUUAAUGCAAACUAUCCCAUUAGACCUGUAUCGAUGGCAUCUGCCCACACGCAUUGGCGUGCAUUGUUGCAGCGUGGCAUUGGGCUGACAUGUGACAUAAUCUUUAGGUCUGUGACAUUUGUUGACCUGUUUGAUAGUAUAGCAUAUAUAGUGAGAAAUGUCAAACUCACUGGCUAAAUACUAAUGUGAUCUUGACUGUUGUGUUGAUUUAUUGAAUGUAUAUUCAUGUUUGCAUAGAACUCAGCUAUUGUAUACUAUUCAUUCUUCUUAAUUCUAUAAUGGGUCACCUUGAUAUUGGCUACACUGACCACAAUUAUUAUUAUUUGUAUCCUUAUUAUUAUGUAUUAUUAUGGAAAUGAUUUUUUUCCCAUCAUAAACCUUCAAGUA